GCGAGAGGAGGACGCAUUGUUCGAAACUUCCUUCUGGUGGUCCAUUCCUUCGGAGCUGAUCAUAUACAGCGAGUGUGUCCUCUGUGUACAGAAUAGUAGAUACCAGCAACACCAUGUCUGAUAAGGUCCGUGUUUGCAUUGUCGGUUCCGGAAACUGGGGAUCGGCCAUUGCCAAGAUCGUAGGCGUCAAUGCCAAGCGGUUGUCCACGUUCGAAGACCGCGUGACGAUGUACGUGUACGAGGAGAUGAUCGAUGGAAAGAAGCUAACGGAGAUCAUCAACACAACGCACGAGAACGUUAAGUACCUACCUGGACACAAGCUGCCCGAGAACAUUGUUGCUGUUCCGGAUGUUGUGGAGGCAGCAAAAGAUGCCGACAUUCUCAUCUUUGUCGUGCCGCACCAGUUCAUCCGUGGGCUAGGUACUCAGCUACUCGGUAAAAUCAAGCCGACUGCUGUCGGUCUGUCACUGAUCAAGGGCUUCGACGUAGCCGAGGGUGGUGGCAUGGAGUUGAUCUCGCAUCUGAUCACGAAGCACCUGAAGAUACCGUGCUCAGUACUGAUGGGCGCUAAUCUGGCUGGUGAGGUAGCGGAAGAGAAGUUCUGUGAGACAACCAUUGGGUGCCGGGAUAUGAAGAUUGCCCAGACAUUACGCGACUUGUUCCAAUCACCCAACUUCCGGGUGGUUGUUGUGGACGAUGUCGAUGCGGUGGAAAUUUGCGGUGCGCUCAAGAACAUCGUAGCUUGCGGCGCCGGGUUCGUCGAUGGUAUGGGUCUGGGUGACAACACGAAGGCCGCCGUCAUUCGGUUAGGUCUGAUGGAGAUGAUUAAGUUCGUCGAUGUGUUCUACCCGGGCAGCAAGCUUUCGACGUUCUUCGAGAGCUGUGGUGUCGCUGACCUCAUCACUACCUGCUAUGGUGGCCGUAAUCGCAAAGUAUCGGAAGCGUUUGUGAAAACAGGCAAAACGAUCAAGCAGCUGGAGGACGAGAUGCUCAACGGACAGAAGUUACAGGGUCCGAUCACUGCCGAAGAGGUGAACUUCAUGCUGAAGAGUAAAGGGAUGGAGGAUAAAUUUCCGCUGUUUACGGCCAUCCAUAAAAUUUGUACCGGUCAGGUGAAACCGGAAGGAUUCCUGGACUGCCUGCGCAACCAUCCAGAACACAUGACACCAUGGGCAAAGCUCUAGAGAAAUGCACUUGUUGCUCACACAAUGCUACUUCUCUGUCAUAAGAAUAACAAUCACACACACCCAAUAGCAAUCGAUCGCAAUUUUCGAGUGUAACUACACAUAAUCCCAUUCUGUGCUAUUGUGCAUGAUCGUCAAUGUGCAAUACGAUCUCGUAUAGCAAAAGAUAUGCUAGUUUCCUUACCUUCCAAAAAACACGACUCAUGUGGUUGUGUAGUUUGCAUUUUGACUUAAAAGCAAUUAAAGUCGAUAAUACUACCAAAAACCAAGCUUAGCUUACACAUUCCGUUUAGAUUGAAUUCUUUUUGAUUUCUUUUAAUCUAAUUUAAGUUGUAUAUAUUUGUUGGGCUUUUCUCUAAUAUUUAAUUAAUGGACAUUGGAUCGGGAAUAGGAAUUGGAUAUUUGGGCGGGGUUUGAUUAUAAUUUAUAAUAAUUUUAGACAGCUACAGGGGUGUGCAAGAUGUUAAAGCAAUUCAAUAUCCCUCCAUCGUCAUUGGAGAUUGGUUUAACAGGAAAAACAAUCCUGCAAGAUAUGUGAUACGAAAGCUGAAAUGAAAGUGAAUAAACAUCAACAGUUAUUGGGAUUCGAUUGGUAUUCAAUUGUUGAGAAAUACAAAAAAACAGAUAAAGGAUCAAAUUGAUUCGAACAAAACUGAACCCUUCUUAUCAUCGUCACAUAUUGUAUGAUUGUAGAUUCCUUGCUGUUCCCUCCAUUUACGUCCUCCAAAUGGGAAAAGUUCAUUUUAUGUGUUCCAUUGAAAUUUCCGCUGGGAAAUAAGUGACUUUUGUUAACAUUACGUUCGGUUUGUAUUCAUCCUCAUCCGUUCGUCAUUCUGCACCGAUUAAAACAAUUUCUCUUAGUCAACCGUUGUGAUCCUCCUUCAUGUAUGCCUUCCCAUUGGCGAAACUUGUACCUUUAUGUUAAGCUACUAGUCUGCUAGUUAAGUAACGUGAACUAAUUUCGUUUUUCCCUUGGACUUGUGUCCUGCUCGUUGGCUGUGUAAUCCAAGGCAAACAUUUUCUUAAUUCGAGCUUAUCGAGUGGAUGUGUUUUAUGCGGGCGAAGACAGCGAACCCUAAUGCGAAUUAUGCUAGGAGCAAGCAGCGAUAUUCCUAUCUAACGCAACGUGCGCUGAUAUAGUCAUGAAAUCAUCCGGAAUUGCGAAAUUUAGUAAAAGUAAAAGAACAAAACGUUCCAGCGAUGGAAUUUAAGUAUCAUCACCUCGA